AUGAACUUAGAAAAUGAACAGCAACAGGCUAGUGUGCCACUUGUUUCCCCCUUAAAUGCUGAAAAGUUUGUCUUCAACAGACUCUUUGCAUUUACUCGCACAAGUGGACUAACCCAUACUAAGGAAAGAUUUCCAAGAAUAGGUAAAGACGAAGGAUGGAAUAAAAUAGACCCAAAUUAUGUUUUAGAAGAAGAUAGAGAACUAAAAUUGCAAUGGCCCAGCGAUAUGAUUGGCCCAGAACAGAAGAACCAUUCAGGUCUCGAAGUAUCAAAUGUGGACCAUUGGAGCAAUUCAAGUGAUUCUGAUGAAGAAAUGAGAUAUGCAAAUGGUUUGCAGUUGGUAUCACUGGAGAGAAUCCCUAAAAACGAUGAUGACAUGCAAGAGCAAUAUUUUGGGUGCAUUAAAUCAGACAUAAAGAGCAAACAGCGUGAAGGUGAAGGAGAAUCAUUGUUUUCGGCUCACCGUAGCGCUAUCUUCCGGCGGAUUUUCCGUACCUUUUGGCCUGUGACUCAUAGAUUGACUGAUAUAUCUAAAGUGCUUUCCCAAAUGCCUACCGAGUUGCAAGCCAAGGUUGAAAAGGCAUUGAGUAAGGAAGAUGUGCAAAAAGUUUUAGAUGAACAUUUGAAACGACCACAACUUGUACUGAAUGGAAUUCGAGCAAUUGUUCUGGAACAAGGACUGGACGUGCGGCUACGGUUUUUGGAAAUUCUUGAAAAUAGCUAUGACGUUGUAAGCCUGUUGCGGGGAAAUACAAAUUUGGAGUGGAAGUUUGAAAAAAAUGACCAAGAUGAAUUGGUGAGUCCAGAAGAAAGUUUUAUGAUGGAUGAUGCUUGUUUAAAAUUGUAUCAACUUUCGGAGAACUUGAACAAAUAUUCAGGAACCGAGUUGCUCGGAACAGUUUACAGUAAUAGCUUUGGAACUGGGCACCAGGAUUACAUGUAUUGUGAAAAGGGAUGCAUGGCAUAUAUGGGCGAAUCCCUUCUUCCUGAUGACUCAGAAAGCGAUUUUGAAGAUGAAACCCCUUCUAAAAUCCAAGCGAAAACUUGUUCCCUUUGCAAUGCACAACUUUUGCGAGGCGCAUAUGCAUCUCCCAGAUUAACACUGGCUGACCAAAUGACUAACCGAGCAAUGCGUGUGAGUAUGAGGCGACACUGCCUUGUGUCUGUUCGUCAUGGUGUGAUGGAUUUUUUCACAAGUCCACGCUAUGCAGAGCUGCGCGAAACACCAGUGACAAAUGCUGGAUAUGAGCCGAGCGGACAAAAGUAUUUUGAAACGGAUUAUGAGUUCCCGAUUAUGUUAUACUUUAAUUAUAAAAAAAGUAGCGAAACAUGUACGGUUGUUGCAAUUAAUCUAGCACUGCCUGCAAAUGACAAAAUGGCGGAGGGUAAUCGGAUGGUGCUAAUGGUUUUCCCAAUGAAGAGUAAUGGAACCGUACCAGGAGAUAUUAACAGUUUUUUGAGGCCGAUUGUUGAUGAUUUCAAAGAAAUGAGCUCGCGCGGGUUUUUGGUGGACGUGGGACACACACAGCCUAUGCGAGUAUAUGCCCACAUUGUUGGGAUUGGAGGAUCAGCCAAGGUUGCAAGUAGGGUGUUUGGCAUGAUGGAAGAGGAGGAAACUGAGUUUGCAUGUUUAAGGUGCUUUACUCCAAAAUCAAAUAAGUAUGGGUUUAAGUUUCACAGGAAUACAGAUUAUGGGGUUCGAAACGAUGAGUUUUUUUCGAAAUUGAAAGACAAGUAUGAUGAAAAAAUACAGCAAAUUGGUCUCAAGGGAACACAAAUGGAGGGUUAUGUUGAUUGGACAGAUGCUAAGGAAGAAACGUUUAAAGAGCACGGUAUGAAGGAGUACUCUGUGCUGUUUGAGAUGGGGUCAAUAGGGAGUACACAAAAGGCAUAUGUUCCAGAUUUGUUGGAGAUUGGGUACAAGACAAUUGUAAGGAUGAUUUAUAUGGAGCUUAUCCAUGGUCGGAAUAGGACUAGUUUGAGGCUGGAUGAGAAUGCACGCAAGGUAUUUUUUUCACUGGCUGAAUUGCAGUCAUUGGUUCAAGAGCAGCUUGGGCUUGCUGGGUUUAAUGUUGCCAAUAUGAAGAAGGAUCCACAGACCAAGAUUAAAAGCACGGCAUUGAUUGCAGUGGUUGAUUUACUUGCCAUAGCGCUUGAUGUUUCCACGAUGGAAAUGGGGAGUAAGGUUGUGUUGCUGGAAAUGUUGAUGCUUAUUAAGGCUAUGACAAUUCCAGUGACUACAAAGAAAUGCGUUUCGCGUUUUCAUGAAUCUUCACGAAGAGUGGUGGUUAUGUUUGCCAGGCUAAUACGCCAGAAAAGGAUCUACGGAUCACUUAAUAUCCACAUGAUGUUACACUUGACUGAAUCCAUGUUGCUGGUUGGGUUACCAGUAUAUUACUGGACGCUGCCGAUGGAGCAUGCUUUUGGGUACGUGGCUAAGGUUGCUGCAGUUCGGCCGGUUGGAUACACUGUAGCUAAGAUGGCGCGUGAUGCACAGUUAGUUGCGCGAGUUGCGGGACUUCGACGCGCAUGGACUGUGGGUGCAAUUGUUCCAUGUCGUAACGAAAUUGUAGACGAAUAUAUGAUUGAAGAUGUUCUUCCGCCAGUUGUUAGAUCAGCAGAAAGCCGAGAGAGUUUGGCAAACACUGGUGAUAGAACCCAAGAAGAAGAAGAAGAAGAGGAGGAAGAAGAGGGCAAUAAUGAUGAUGGAAACCUUCGUUUGCGAAUUGCAGAGGAAAGAAAUAUGGAACGUGAUGCACUUUUACGAUACUUUGGGACAUCAGAUUCAUACAAUUUAUCGGUUAACCGGUAUCGUACACACCGUGGACUUGCAUUUGUUGGUAGUGGAUCAGGAGGGGUUGGAAAGGGAUCCUUUAUACGAGUGCGAAGGAAAUGUACAGAUUAUUUGAGGCCUGAGGAGGAGGAUGAAGUGGAGAUGGUGAGCAAAAGAUACUUUUAUGCACGAUUUAUUAAAGCAGUGACAUAUCAAACUGCACAGCAGGUGCCUCCAGGAACAUCCAUGCCUCCGAUUUCACCAUUUCCAAUGCACGCACGGCACUUUGCGAUUGUGCAGCGAAUGCGAGAAAAUGUAGUUCAUGAGCGGGCAUUUGUUCCUGAGCAAUUGUCACUGGGAUACUGUAAAAUAAGAGGAGGAGAAGGCAGAAGGCUUAAAAAGGCAGAUAAGUUUGUUUAUGGGCAUUACACUGAGGGGAAUGUGUUUUUGGAGCCCCAGUAUGAGGUUGUACCAUUGGACUAUGUUGGUGGACCUGCAUAUGUGUUCCCCAUACGUCCGUGGGGUCGUCGGACUCAGUUUUGCAUUGUGGAUCCUGGGCUUGUUGGGUACAGGUUGAACGGGUUGAACGGGUUAAACGGGUUAAACGGUGAUGCUAAUUACGGGACAGUACUUUCACGGGGGGAAGAGAAGGUUUAUGGUAAUAAGUUUGGGAUGCUUGUUUGGGGGGAAAGAGCCAAAAACUAUGCGAGAUUUGGGAAUAGUGUGCCUCCUUUAAUGGAAGUUAUUGGUGUAGACACUGCGAUUGCACGAGAGAAUGCGGAGGAAGGAGAUGUGAGUAAAUACGAUGAUUUAAGCGAGUGUUCGACUCAGGAUGAUUGA